CGUUUUCCUCCCCCUCCUUCUCCUCGCCUCUCUAUUCUCCCUCCUCAAGGCUUUGUCCAGCCCCUUGUGAAGAUGGCGGGGCUGAGCAGCAGGACUAGCGUGGCAGAGGCGCCGAGAAGCAGCGGCCGAGGGGUCGUGAUUUCAGAUGAUUGGCCAGGAUAUAGCUUGGAUCUGUUUACAUAUCCACAGCAUUACUGUGGAGAUCUUGACUAUGUCCUCAUACCCCAUGGGAUCAUUGUUGACAGGAUAGAACGUCUGGCCAAAGAUAUCAUGCAAGACAUUGGACACAAUGACAUCGUGGUUCUCUGUGUACUUAAAGGUGGCUACAAAUUCUGUGCUGAUCUUGUGGAACAUAUUAAGAACCUCAGUAGAAACUCAGAAAGGUUCAUCUCCAUGAAAGUUGACUUUGUUAGAGUGAAAAGUUAUCAGAACGACCAAUCUAUGGAAGAUACUCGGAUCAUAGGAGGAGAUGACUUUUCAAAACUGUUUGAAAAGAAUGUGCUUAUUGUGGAGGACAUCAUUGGGACUGGAAGGACUAUGAAAGCACUCCUGGACAGUAUUAAAAAACAUAAACCCACAAUGGUUAAGGUAGCAAGCUUGUUGGUGAAAAGAACAGCUCUACCAGAUGGAUUCAGGCCUGAUUAUUAUGGAUUUGAAAUUCCAGAUUUAUUUGUGGUGGGUUAUGCCUUAGACUACAAUGAGUACUUCAGAGACCUAAAUCACUUAUGUGUUAUCAAUAACCACGGCAAAGCAAAAUACAGAGUCUAAAGAAUAACUAAUCAUCUUUGUCUGGAACAUUGGUGGUCCUCAUGAUCAUCACCAUAAGAACAGAUCAACUCAUCUCAUUCGGACUGGACCAAAUAUGGCAUCUCCCCUUGGACCUUGGAUCACCUUGGAUUUUGACAUAGUUGAACUCCUUUAUUUCCUUCAGACUUCCUAGGAUAACCAGGAUAAGUCAAAGGCAGAUAUAAUACAGUAUUCUACGUCCAAAAGAAUAGAAAUUAGAGGUGAAAGAAAACUUGCCUAUUAACUUUUUGUACCCUGCUUUGCCCAACCUUAACAUGCCAGAUUUGUUGGAGUUAAACUCCCAUUGUUUUUAACCAUCAAGGUUCCUUACCCUGUGUAACAAGUGCCUUUAAAAAUGUGUGUUGAACACAACUGCACAAUGAUUAGUGGUCUCUGUGGGGCUAUUAUAGGAAUUAUUAUAUUUUAAUGGUGCAGUUGUUAGCUCAUUUUUCUUCAGACAAUGUUGUAGUGCCUUUACUUAAGCUCUUUUUUAAGAGAUUUGAAUGCAUAAUUGUUACCAUCUCCUUUCUAUGACACAAUCAUUGUUGAGAUAUUUAUUCUCACCCAUUAUUUAAAACUCAAAGGAGCAAAGACCUCAAACUAAAUGAUUUUCUCUGAACUCAAUAGCUCUUUGUGAAACUCCUGAGAUAAUUUAGGCUGGUCAAAAAUGGCUUUAGCCAAUGUUUGAGUUCAUAGAAGCAAACAGACUCCAUUGUGGUUUAAACAUUGUGUUUUGUAUAUCAUUGCUUUUGUUUUAGUAUUAUGUGUAAACCAUCUCACUAUAGCAUGUUCAGCUAAACAUAGUUUUAAACCAUUCCAUGACUAGCAGGCAGGGAGGAAGUGCCAUAAGUAAGCAAACAAUUGUCUUCUUAUUCAAAGUCCAGUAUUAUGUACACUAUAUUAUAACCUUCUAGUAUGCUUCAAAACUAAUUUAGGAUUUGAAAUGAUAGUAGUCCUAGUCUUACAUUCUUAACCAGGGGAAUUCAAAAGAUGGCAAUUUGUCAUCUUUUAUUUGUUUCAGCAGCUUCUUGCAUUCUAAGGUUGAUGGAAAUUGAAAUCUAGUAUCUAGAGGGUAAGGACAAUUGCUUACGCUUCAUCUGAUCUUAGUGUCAUGCUGUCUUUG